AUGCGAUCUCUUCCAAAGAAAAACAACCCUCUUAUUCUCCCUGAAUCUUCUCCAGUUUAUGAGGAACUGCUUGCCUUGAGGCGCCUGGGGAAGACUCUCCUGUCUGUCAAGCCUACGCAGAUUGGCACUUCCAAUGCUACCAAGCCCGAAAACUUGGGUCCCUUCGAAUAUGCGCAUUUGCGCGCUCCACUGCCCAAGGACUUGGCCGGCUCUGAGAUAUUUCCGUCAAACCCUACACAGCAACAUCCUGAAACCUACUUCCUUAUGAGACGAAGCAAGGAUGGCUUCAUCAGUGCAACGGGGAUGUUCAAAAUCGCCUUUCCUUGGGCGAAGUUGGAGGAAGAAAGAGCGGAACGGGAAUACGUCAAGGCGCGCGCAGAGACUAGUGAGGAUGAGAUCGCAGGAAAUGUGUGGAUCUCGCCCCUGCUAGCUUUGGAACUUGCAAAGGAAUAUCGCAUGUUCGACUGGGUUCGCGCCUUGUUGGAUGCUGCGGAAAUUGUCCAGACUCCGGCAAGCUCGAAGAAACCAAUUACUCCACCACCAAAAUUCGACAUGCCACCCCUAGAAUCGUCCGAAGAACUUCGUGCGUCUAGCCGACCCCGAACCCGGCGGUCUGUUUCUCCUUCAAAGAUCUCGUCCCCAAAGAAGACUUCCUCUCCUCGCAAAUCAAGAGUUCCCAGAGCGGCCAAAGAGAGCUCGGCUGCUGAAACCACUGCUGCUAGCGCUACUUUGCAGGCCGCACUCAACGGCGCUGUUGACAACGAAAUUGUCAAUGGUACAGAUGAAGCUGCUGCCUCCGAGAACCCCGAACCUGUGGAGAAGGAAGUGAAGCCCAAGAAAAGUAGCGGCCGAUCUAAAAAGCACGCCGCAGCCGAUGAGAAAGUUAAAGUCAAUGUCGAGUCUACAACCGAAGUCAAAGAUGAAGUUGAAACCACACAGACCAGUGUCUCUGUGGAGAUGCCCGUCAGCCUUCCCGAUCUUCCACCGGCCGAAGACACCGAACAAAUGAUCGCACAAGCGAAACAGAUGGUUGAAGAGGCAACAAAACUACAGCAAAGCGAAACAACCGCCAAGUCCUCGAACUCCAAUAAGAAGCGCAAGUCAGACGAAGUCGAGGAAGACGAAGAAGAGAAGAAAAAGCCAUCAUCAGGUAAACCUACCAAAAAGGCUAAAGUUCUUGAGGAUAAAUUGAGGAAGGAACGAGUGCGAAAUCGGGCCUUGGUCGGUGUUACUGCUACAUUAGCACUUGCCGCGGCGAUCCCCUACUUUUUUUAA